AUUUCAAAAAGAGAGUUAAAUGUGUUUUGACUUUGUUAGUUUUUCAAACGUUGUUGAUACACGUACAAUCAGUUGUUUAAAUUUGUGUUUUUUAUUUAUUUCAUAUUUUUUCACCGGCGUGAAGUUAUCUCCCAAAUGGUCCGAAGUCAGCCGCUCACGUGUCACUCCUGUCACCGAUGUCAACAUUAAAAUUAAAAAUGAAUCAUUCCGAUAAACUCAAUCUGAAUUAAGUCGCGAUGGACCACCGUUCGCCCUUGGAGAGCAUCUUCGGCAUAAUCGGGGGGCUUCCUCAGGGGCAUGACAAGCCGGUCAAACAUGCCCUUUACAACGCCGUGGCCCUUCUGCUGCUCGUCCUGUGUUGUGUGGCCACUUGGGCCUUGUUUAUGAUCCUGGAGCCGUUCGUCAAGCCUCUAGUGUGGGCCCUGCUCGUCGGGUCAGUGCUGCACCCCCUUAAGAGGUCCCUCCGCGACAAGUUCCAAGCCUGGUUCAAGAGUCUGGAGGUGGCGCACACCCCCAUUGUGCUGGGGGUGAUCCUCAUCCCCAUUAACAUCGUCAACGACCUGUCGGACUUAAUCGGAGACCAGAUUUUGAAACGCAUUAAAUUUAUUAUCGCGGCUUGUGUGGCUGUCCCAGUGGGGCUCCUGGUCUACAACUACACCCCAAAACUGGUAGUUUGCAUUUUUUACAAGGCUUACACUUAUAGUUACUUCGUGUUGAAUUUCUGCCUGGAUAUCGCCACUCUACCUCUGUUUGGCCUAAUUUUAAUCGCCUACAUUUCGAUGACCUUUCUCCUCUGGAAGCCCGAGAAUAACACUCGGUUUCACUACGCCUCAAUCGUAAUUUGGUUGUUUUUAUCUUGUUGCCUAGCCCACUUAUUUGGGUCGUUCCAAAUGGCCGCAUUUAUUUUUCUCCAAGUCGUGUUUUUUGGGGGUUUUGUGAGCGAAGUCUACGACAUUUACAGCGAAUUGAACGCCGAAGGCCACUCGAUGACAUUCCUCGAGUCGCUAUCUCUCGCAUUUCACGACGUGGCGAGCGAAGCGAGUGAAAAAACUACAGAAAUUGCGGAGCCCAAACCAAAGACACCAAAGACUGCGGUCAAGUUCGAGGACGGCGUCGGCGACGUCGCCCCCCGACGCGACCCCUACUCGUUAGAUUUAUUCGAGGAGAAGAAAUCGAGUGAUUCGAUGAGCAACGCGAGUGUGUUGAUUACCAAUCAGGGGAUUCACCUAAUUUCGAAAGCCCCGAAAGAGCUGAAACGGUCACUGUCUCAGCCGCAAUUUUCGCUGAAAAACCGCUCAAGUUUCAUGAAUUUCAGUCGGCGCUUGAGCGAGAAAGGUUCGACUCAGAGUCUCAUCGAUACGGAGAAAUACGAGAGCACUUUUUACUUGUAUUCGGUGUUGUGGGCGUGUAUUGUGAUGUUGUUUUGGAAAAAUAUCGUGUUGUUGCCGUUGUUGCCACUACCGAUUUUGUUGUAUUGUCUCAAACAUGCGGGGAAGUACUUCGGGGUGUGGAAUUGGGUCUACGACAACUUGAAAAUUGCCAUUUUGGGGGUGUGUCAUUGGUGUUGUGAGAGACAUGACGCACUUGUCCCUGUACCAAUUAGGGGGCUUUAUCGAGUGGUCCACAAGAUAAAUAUUUUUCUCAAAACUAGUAUUAAGGAAAGUAUUGAUACGGUGGCAAGCUGUGUUGUUAUUUUUGGGCUUAUUAUUUUCCUCACUUGUGCGUCGAUUUUUAUCGCAAUUCAGAUUUAUGCUGAGGCCAUUAUGUUGGUACAAAUGACCGGAAACGUGAUUAACCAGACUGUGGUGCACAACCCGGAACUGCGCCAGCUUUUGCCCCCCACAUGGGACGACACUGUCGAUUCGGUUUUGGACAAUGCGUACCAAUAUGGCCGCGAGGGCAUUUCCAAAGCGGUCAGGGGAAUGAUGACAGAUGUGGAUUCAGCCAAAUCGGAAAAACUCGAAAAGCAAGUCUUGGAAUUGUGGGACAGGGUGUACCAAUCCUGGAUGUCCACAAACGACGCAAACGGCCCCAAAGUGACCGAAGACGCGGUCCGAGUCUCAUGGGAGAACUUCCUCAGUGACAUCCAGCGGUCUCCAGAAAUGUUCAACUUGAAUGGAAUCGUGGAGUUUGCGAAACAGAACGUGGGGACGCUUUUGUCGCUCCUGGAGUCGGUUUGGUCCAUAGUCAAGGGGAAUAUCGGGCUGGUGCUCGGCUCAUUUAGUGCUUUUUUGUCGGUGAUUCUGGGCGGGGGCACCGCUGUGUUAAACUUCAUCUUAAAUGGGAUUGUGUUCCUCACCACACUUUUCUACCUCUUGAGCUCCAGUGGCGACCUCUACAAGCCCGUGGAGCUCAUGACGCAAUUCUCCUCCAGUGGCCGCCGGUUUGGGCACGCCCUCGAGGGGGCUAUCAACGGAGUCUUCACAGCGUCGUUCAAAAUGGCCGCGUUUUACGGGAUGUGGACGUGGUUCAUUCAUAAUUUGUUCAGUGUGAAGAUUGUCUAUCUUCCGUCGGCGUUUGCCACGAUUCUGGGGGCUGUCCCGUUUUUGGGGACCUAUUGGGCGUGCUUCCCCGCCGUUUUGGACCUGUGGUUGGCUCAAGAUCGCGGAAUUGAGGCAAUUGUGUUUGCCAUUUGCCAGUUUUUGCCCACUUCGAUUGUGGACACCACGAUUUAUAAGGAAAUCAAAGGGGGUGGGCAUCCGUAUUUGACGGGUUUGGCCAUCGCGGGGGGGAUUUUCUGUCUCGGGGUCGAGGGGGCCAUCGUGGGGCCCCUCUUACUGUGCGGGUUGUACGUCGCGAUUGACCUGUCUUCUAGUCUUUUCAAGGAAUCGCCCUCAGAGGAGUCCCUCAAUCUCAGGCUGCAGUUGCAAGAUCGAUAGGUUUAUGCUUAAUGUUAUGGCUUUAAAACGCAAGAUUUUUACAGAUAUUUAUUGAUGUUAGAUGUUUUUAAGAAAUAAACGAAAAUUAAAAAUU